CCAUUGCUGUCAACCGCAGCUCCCCCUCUGCCCGAGGCUUCUGUUCCUCGCGAGAGAGAAAGUCAGCUUGCUUUGAAAGGACCCUCAAGGGUCCAUUUUCAUAAUUUCGCGCGCGCGGGCCCUCUUGGUCUUUCUAUAUAAAAGAAGAGGUUAUGACAUCGCUGGCCCACCAGUCCUAUACCGGCAGCUUCGCGCGUGGGUCGCCCGAGUUCGAAGGGGAGUUGUACGUGCAGCAUUACUCAAGGGGCGGCGAGAUGCCCCCUAGACCUUGUCGUUAUGAAGAGUCGUCGCCGCGCGACAGCCCCGAAGAGAGGCAGACGAGCAGCGGUGAAGAAAGACCGGCUUGCGAUUACGCAACUUCUUCUACGACACAUGGUAUGACAACAUCCCUGCACCACCAGUAUCCUUCCUGCCUGUCCGGAGUGCACGGCGACGGCAGUUACUGCGGAGGUGGCGACUACGGCUCCGGCUUUCCCGGAAGCCCGUACAAGGUCCAGCGUCAUGCGGCGAACAUUCGGGAACGCAAGCGCAUGCUCAGCAUCAACAGCGCCUUCGACGAGUUGCGCUGCCAUGUGCCCACUUUCCCUUUUGAGAAGCGGCUAUCUAAGAUCGACACCCUGCGCCUCGCCAUCGCCUACAUCGCCCUACUUAGAGAGAUCCUUGUCUCCGAGUACGACCCCCUCACGCACAUCGAGAAGUGCCUCAAGGGGGAGCUGAAGGGAGAGCAUGCGGGGGAGUGGAACACCAGCGAUUUGACUGCUCGAUUAUCCUGGAUCAACUGGGAAAAUUUAGGAGUCAAUCCCAAUCGCAGGAGUGUUCUAACCACCCUCUCCCUGACGACGGAUACUCUGGCUGCUUGUCACAAUGGCAGUUAAGCCACUCCCGGACAGCAAGGUUUCAGCAGCGCUGUAGUUUAGCCGGAUAAUUGGACGGAGUGAGUUCUGGCUUACAGAAAUCUACGACGGAGGUCACGUCAACUUCAUCUGUGAUGCAAAAACUUAAAUCGUAUGGAAUAGUGUGAAUACGAAGGAACAAGCACUUGAAAACUAAAGGUAUAAGCCAAAUUCACGUUAACUUAAAGCUGAAAUUGAAUGAGACAUAAAAACUUUCCACACAAAAGUGUACAUAGAAACAAUUUCUGAAAAGUAGCAGUGCAUGGCAAAAACAUUGUAGGAGAUAAGGAGUUGAAAAUUCUUUUCUGUGUGUGUUGUAAAGCGGUUCAGGAAGGAAAAAGUCACGGUGACGUCAUUAAAAGGAGGUAGGACCUCUUACGUCAGUUCCAUCUUCCUGGUAAUAGAACUACUGAACUACUGGGAAAUAAAAAACUUAAUUCUUUGUUAUGCUAUCACAACAUUUUAAUGUCUAGUUAGGUUGUUAAAAACAUCCACCGUACUUCUAGUACGAAAUGCAAACUCCAUUUUCAAACAACCAAAUCCUGUUUGCAUGCGAAUGAAAGUUCAGAUUUCUCUCAAAUAUUAGUUUAUACGGUGCCUCUAAUUUUUAAUCUGUUGUAUCUUGACAAGAUACAUGUGAUUAAAAUCUUUUCAUGCAAAUAUAACCUUAGAUUAUCUCCUCCAGUGCACUUCUAUAUCGAAAUUAAUCUUAGUACUUCAACGUGUUCUCAUUUUUAAAUGUCAUAUCUUGUUUACGUUUUCUAGUUUUGUAAGUCCCCGCAGAGUAGAAACAAUUUUUUGUGCUUAUAUCGCUAAAAAUAGAUUACUCGCUUUUAAUACACCGUAUUUCUUUGAUUCUAGAACACACUUCUUUUCCAAUACAAAUAUCGCUAAAAUGGUAUGUGUCUUAGAAUAUCAGAUUUUUUUGGAUUAUUAUUUAUUCCGAAGUAAUUAAUUUUUCCAAAUGAUUAAUUUAAACAGAUACAUUAUUGUUGUUAAUAACCAAUCAAAGUUGGUUAUUAAAAAGCAUUUACUAAAUAUAUGUUAGGCGUUUUAUUUAACGCAUUAUGCUUUCUUCGAGUGAAAAUCUUUUUUAUUUAUUAAUGGUUCUGAAACGAAUGGGUGCAUCUUCCAAUAAAUGAGGUUUUAGAAUCUGAGAAAUAAGGUAAUUUAAAAAUAUAAGCACCAUGUUAAUAAUUAUAUUAUUAACUUUAUCAUAGUUAUUAACAUUUUUAUAAAUCGAUUAAUAAAUAUUUCUGUUUUUUUGCGGAGAAGGAGGAAUGCUGAAUGAAAGUAUUGUGCGGCCUACAAGAGUUUCAUAAUGUUAAAAUUCCUAUUUUAAAUUUACACUGCUUUUAUAUAUAUAUAUAUAUAAAGCUCUCUGCAUUCCGAGGAAGAUUAGUGCUAGCCUAGACAGUUUUUCAUAAAGAGUAAAAAAGCACAUAGUUUUGCUGUAGUUUUGCAAAAUCAGUAUGUGUCUAAGCUUGAAUUUUGCCUAAUUUGGAAUUUGAAAUUACCAUAUUUCUGCACCAUAGAUUCAUAUAUAUACUGAAUUCAUAAAAAUGUAAUAACUGUAAAAUAUAUGCAACUGUACUAUUGUAACGGCAUACCUUUUGGCCUUUUCUUCUGAAUAAGUAAAAGCAAUCGCUUGAUAUAAAAUCUUAACUGCUUUCUAAAGAUACUUCAGAAGUUUAUAAAAGAAAAGAUAAGGAUUAUGUAAAAGUAUUCCCCAACGAAAAAAAAUGAAAUAUUUUAACUUUUUUAUGGGGGGGGGGUCUUACUUGAUCUGAAAUUCAUAAUUUGACCAAUAACUCCAAAAUACGUAAAGCGAAUUUCCGCUAUGUCUGGAAUAACUACAAGUCGUGGAAAGGCUUAUACAACCUUUUUUAUUUAACUUUAUAUUAUUAUAUUAUUAUACCUUGCAAUGUCACCCAGAGGGUACAGUGGUUAGGGGAGCCUGGGGUACCGAAGAGCCCGGGUUCGAAUCCCGGAGAAGACAUAGAUGUUUGUAAAUAUAUAGUGUCGGUGAGGCUUGGCGGCACUCUAAAUAUGUGGCGAUCGGAAAGUUCUCUUGUGUGUAUUGGUGGAAUGGGAGACCCCCGGAUCCCCCCGGGUGCUCUCCCUCAAAAUUGGGUAUGGAAAAUAAAAGUCCAGGCUCUAUUUGGAGUAUUCUUUGGCAAACAUUGUUCCAUGUAAUAUGGACAACAACACUUUGCACUUUCUUUACAAUCAGUUUCUCACCCCUGCUCUCCAACACUGAAAUGUAUGCAAGUGCGUGGCAGAAUGUUCAAAGUUUUCCACAAAUUACCUCCUCACAGAAAUCCUACCCGGUAAUAACUUAAACACACUGGCCCUCAACGAACGCCUUUGUACCUAAUGUGCUGAGCUUAAAUUUCAUUAAAACGUUCGCGUUGAUUGGAGAGCCUAAAUUUUAACUAAUUAAAUUCACUACGCUAAUUUUUGCUCUAAUUCAAUUAUCACUUUCUGGGAUUAUCAUUCCCACAUCAGAAUAGUUUACGUUACUCUUACAAAGCAGCUAAUACAAGAUCAAGAUUUCACUUUUACAAAAUAGUUAAGAAUAUACUUCAUGAGAAAACAUUUAAUCUUCAUUUAUAUUAAAAAAAUUACUCAGUUUACACUUUACAUCACAAGGUACAGAGAUGCUAAUAUCUAUUCCGCAAAUGUGCCAGACAGUCUUUUGAUAAAAAAUCUGCGUAUCAUGUUCAUAUUAAAAACUAAAAAUCCUGCAGACAAAUGCAUAACUAAAUUUAAAAAGAUACUUCCUGCAUUAAAUCUAUGAGGUCCUCGCUUGAGGCAAAAGUCAACAUAAAAAGUAACUUUGUACUUAUGAUAUAAAUUAAAAUUGAAUAUUUAAAGAAAAUAAAUUUCAUUUACUUUUUUUCCGGUGAUAUUCGUCCAUUCUCUUCUGGAGAAAUUCCUGCCAGGAGGGUGGAAAGGGAGAUACAUUGUGUAAAGGGAUGUGUGAAGAACUCGUCUUUUCUGUGUGACCGUUGAUUACUUGAUUGGUCUGAUAUUUUGCGCUUCUAAGCUCUAUCUUUAUUUCGUCUAGUUUUUCUCUGUGGCUGCGGGAAUUCUUUUGUCGGCCACGGCUUGCUUGCUACUAGAUUCGCAAUUGCAAACCUCCGCUUGUUCACCUGGAAAUUGAACGGCUGUGUUGACUCUUGAUGUACUAAAGGAAACUUUAUUUGGUUCUUUUGGGAUUUAACAGGAUAUGCUGGCCCGUCAUCUGUCGAUCGUUUGCUGCGUAAAUUCUUUCUUGUCUGUACCGAAUUCUUCCCUCCGUUGAAAGGCUCUCUCGUAACUGGGUUUCUUGUACGUUGACUUCCAAACAGGUGUUGCUACUCACUUGGAUGGUGGCCGCUGCUUAUUUGAUUAUUUUUUUCUGUCUUUUUAGGCCCUCCGUUAUCUGCAACUUUUCUGUUUUGAGAUUGGUCGAACUUCGAUCUCUUCUUGUCUUCUUCACCAAUUCUAGUUUCCUUUCUUUUUCUUUGUGGACCUUGUAUUCUGCAGUAUUUCUUGUUGACCUUUAGUUGCUCACAGCAGAGGAUUCCUGUAAAACAUCUGAUAGCAGUCACAUAGCGCGCUCAUAAUAUCGCUUGAUCUGGCCUGCAUUUACUUUUGUACUUUAACCAUUUCAGAUAUACUAUUAUUUCCUUUAUUUACUCAGUCAAAAGUGGGUCUUCAAACUUAUUACAAAACUUUCUCACAUUCCUUCUGGUGCAUACGAAAGAGAAUGUUUAAUUUUCAAGAAUUUAUUUCUCACUUUAAAAUCAACUUCUUGACUUUUCUUAAUAAAACUUUUGUUGCUCUCUGACCAUAUCCGAAAUCUGACAUUUUUAAUUCUGCAGACCUCUUUUGAACAACAACAACAAAAAAGAGCUUAUCUAAAAGCAUAAUUAACUUUCUGUCAAGAAAUGAUUCAGGCCGAGUUCUUCCCAGUAAUAUCAUGUCUAUCCAUCCCCAAGGCAUUUCAAGUUCAUUGACUCAGUCAUCCCAAAGUUGGUGAUAUUGUUUUACAUUGCUUCGGAUAAUUUUAACUAUGUUUCUAUUGACCCGUUCUGCAAUAUUUGACUGUGGUCGAUAAGGAAUCAUCGUAAAAUGUUGUAUGCCAAGCCCUGAACAUAUAUUCUCGAAAGUUUGACUAACGAACUACUUUUCGUGGUAGCUCCAUAUUUUAAUAUAAAUAUACUUAAAACAGAAUCUGAAACCAUUUUAGCAGAGGCUCUUUUGGAGGAUAUUAUUUCUACUCACUUAGAAAAAUGAUCAACCAUAAUGAACUAAUACCUAUUUUUAUUUUUCUCGCUACUUGGGUAGGGAUCUAGUAAGUGAAUUCCUGUUAAUUCAUUAGAGAAAGUAGCUUUUAUGCUAUUUAGGUACCCGAUCGGGACUAUAAUUAAUAUAGUUAACCAACUAGCAAAUGUUGCAGGACUUGCCAUUUUUUCGUAAUUGUAGAAAAUAAACAGCUGAACUGUUUUUCUUACCCGGAGAUGGCCUGAAAUCGGUUCAUCGUGCAAUUCCUGAAAAAUGCUUAAUUUUAAACUCACUACUAUAACUGGUCUUAAUGCAUUGUUACGAUUUGUAAUUUAGGAGUAAAGCAGUAUUAACAGUAAUAGUAAUAUUAUUAAUAGUUAAUAGUUUAGGAGUAAAGCAGUUUUAAUAAUUUCAUAAUUACAGCUCUGUUUCUAAUACCCGUCACAACAUGGUGCUCAAAGUGGUCGGGAUCUUUCAAAUAGCUUAAAUAUUUAUAAUUUAUGGGUCUGUUUGUAAUUCAGCAAUAAUUGUUUCUGGAGAAUCUGAAAUUUUGAAGUUAACACUGUAUUUUCCACCUCAUUUGCCUCGUUAUCUAAUUUAAUUGUUGGCAGAGCACCCGCUACAAACUUUCCUUCCCGAGUGUAUGUUUAAAUAUUAAAUGGCAUUCUUGAAAUUUAAAGGUCCAUCGUAUGAGUCUCGGUGAUAAAUUUUUCCUGGAACACAAACGAAUAUUCAAUAUUUUUUUAUGAAAUGACAUUAGCUGGAUUUAUUGAAAUCAUUACAUACUUUUUCUUUAUAUAUAUAAUUAGAGACUGGCUGUGCAAGCGGCUGGUUUUUUAAAAAGUAAUAUACAGAAUAUGAAAAUUUGUAUGGCAUCCCCAAUACACUGUUGGAAUUUCUAAACAAUGUUUUUAAAUAUUUUGUGAUUUUGCCUUUGAAAUAUAUGUGUCGUAAGCACAAAGAAAACGUUUCUUAGGGAAGGAAGACCAAAGAAAAAAGAAUGGGUUAGCAGGAGUGAGUGCAAGAGCAGACUGGUAGACUGGAGCUCAAUAAGAGCGUAAAAAACCUUAACAAACCCUUUUGGGCGAUUGUUAAAAUCCAAAAACCUUUCACACUCUUUUUUGUUAGAUUUUGAUAGAUAUAGUGAAAAUGUGUUUUUACUCUUUAGAAUUAAGUAAUUAACUCAUUGAAGCAACAACAAUACUGCCUUUCUACAUGAAAUCAAAUGCAGAAGUGCAUAAUUAUUUGUGAUUGUAAUGGCAACGUUGUAAAGCGUUAACUACAUAAACAGUUCAUUAGUUUUAUUUCGUAGUUAAGUUUUUUUUUUUUUUUUUUUUUUUUUUUUUUUUUUUUUUUUUUUGAAACUGCAAUGAAUUCCCAAGAUUCUGAAUAUUCAAAAAGUGUAUUUUCGUAGCUUUUGUCCUCGGGAUAAUUUACAUCUGUCAAAAGAAAGAAAUAGUUUAGAACUCAGUAAUGUGUGAUAAAAAAAAAAGAUUCUCUAUAGGUUAACAUUAUUAGAAAAAUGUGCAGUAUUAACAGCAUGCAGUGUUCUUUUAUUUACUUAUUUAUACUUAUUUAUUUAUCUGUUGAUAUUGUGAUAAUUAUUUCUAAAUCUUGCUGUGAUAGAAAUAUUCCUGGUAUUUAUAGAAUAUGUACAUAGCUAAAUAUACAAAAAUAAAAUAAA